AUGUCGGGCCACCUCGAUCGCCUCGCGCGCCCAGUCUCAGGUUUUGAAGGUUGUUCAAGUCACGAUGACAGGAGAUCAUAUGAGAGGAGAUCAGAUUUUGAAAUCUCUGAAGAUGAAAAGAAGACAAGAAUGGGCUCUUUGAAGAAGAAAGCUAUAGAUGCAUCGAGUAAGCUUAGGCAUUCCUUAAAGAAAAAGAACAGGAGGAAGAGUGGCAGUCGGGUUCUCUCUGUGUCUAUUGAAGAUGUGCGUGAUCUAGGGGAACUGGAAGAGGUAGAAGCAUUUAGACAGGCGCUAAUUUUGGACGAAUUGUUGCCUUCAAGGCAUGAUGACUAUCAUAUGCUGCUGAGAUUCUUAAAGGCAAGGAAAUUUGACAUCGAGAAAGCAAAGCAAAUGUGGACUGACAUGCUUCAAUGGAGGAAGGAAUAUGGUACUGAUACAAUUGUUGAGGAUUUUGAUUACACUGAGUUGGACACUGUUCUGGAAUACUAUCCUCAUGGUUAUCAUGGCGUUGACAAAGAGGGGAGACCUGUUUAUAUCGAAAGGCUUGGAAAGGUCGACCCUAACAAGCUUAUGAAUGUGACAACUAUGGACAGAUAUGUAAGGUACCAUGUGAAGGAAUUUGAGAGGAGCUUCUUGAUCAAAUUUCCAGCAUGCUCUCUUGCGGCUAAAAGACACAUCAAUUCGAGCACAACAAUUCUGGAUGUUCAGGGUGUGGGUUUGAAAAAUUUCAGCAAAACUGCACGCGAAUUAAUUAUGCGACUGCAGAAAGUUGACAACGAUAACUACCCUGAGACUUUACACCAAAUGUUUAUAGUCAAUGCUGGCCCGGGCUUUCGGAUGCUAUGGAGCACCGUGAAAUCUUUCCUUGACCCAAAAACCACUUCCAAGAUACAUGUACUUGGGAACAAGUGUCAAAGUAAGCUACUUGAAAUAAUUGAUGCUAGUGAAUUGCCAGAAUUUCUUGGUGGCACUUGUACCUGUCCUGAAUAUGGAGGGUGCCUCAAAGCUGAAAAAGGGCCAUGGAAGGAUGCAAACAUACUGAAGAAAGUCCUUAAUGGCGAGGCUCAGUGUGCUCGGCAGAUUGUAACUGUUUCCAAUGGGACGGAAACUAUUAUUUCUUAUCCCAAGUCUAAGUACCAAAUGGUACGUGGAAGUGAUACAUCAACUGCAGAGUCUGGAUCUGAAGCGGAAGAUGUAACUUCCCCCAAAGCUCUAAGAAGUUACAUCUCCCAUCCUAAGUUGACCCCAGUUCGUGAAGAGGUCAAGAUGAUCAGGGCCACUAGCUUUUCUACCCGUAUGCCUGAAUAUGAUGUUCCUGUUGUUGACAAAGCAGUGGAUGCAACAUGGAAGAGAGAACUGCCUCGGAAGGCGCCUGUCCUGCCCAAAGACUCUUCUUUGGCUACCACCACAAAGGCAUCCAACAGGUCUUUGGAUCAGAUUAUUCCAGCUCUGAUGGCUUUUGUGAUUGCUAUUGUAACGCUGCUUCGCUCAGUUAAAGAUGUUGCGACAAAGAGAUUGCCAGAUAAAAACGAGUCAGACGAACAAAGUUCUGCAGUAUAUCAAGACUGCAUUCCAAAAGAGGAGUUCCGCCCCCCGUCGCCAGGUCCUGGGUUUGCUGAAUCUGACCUGUUCUCGUUAGUCUUGCAAAGGCUGGCAGAGCUUGAAGCGAAGGUUCAUGCGCUUGAAGCAAAACCUUCUGAAAUGCCUUGCGAGAAAGAAGAGCUGCUUAAUGCCGCUGUCCGCCGCGUGGAUGCACUGGAAGCCGAACUCAUUGUAACAAAGAAGGCCCUGCACGAGGCUCUUAUCAGGCAAGAGGAACUACUUGCUUAUGUGGACAGGAAGACAAUUGCCAAGGCCCAGAAAAGAAGAAGAAGCCGAUGUCUUGCUACUAGGACACAAGGAGAGAGAGAGAGAGAGCCCCCUUUGGUUCCAGUUUUCUUUUCUCUGAGAUGCCGGAGAUGGCGUUUGAGAUGA